UACAAAACAACAACAAAAUGCCUACAUCGGAAGUUCUUGUAAACAAGGUGAUUGUGCAUCCUUUGGUAUUGUUGUCUGUCGUGGAUCACUUCAAUCGUAUGGGCAAAAUUGGCAAUCAAAAGAGAGUUGUUGGUGUCCUCCUUGGCUGUUGGAGAGCCAAGGGUAUUUUGGAUAUAUCCAACAGUUUUGCAGUGCCCUUCGAUGAGGAUGACAAAGAUAAAUCUGUUUGGUUUUUGGAUCAUGACUAUUUGGAGAACAUGUAUGGCAUGUUCAAGAAAGUCAAUGCCAAAGAACGUGUUGUGGGCUGGUACCACACUGGUCCAAAAUUGCACCAGAACGAUAUUGCCAUCAACGAAUUGAUACGCCGCUACUGUCCAAAUUCCGUCUUGGUGAUCAUUGAUGCCAAACCUAAAGAUUUAGGUUUACCCACAGAGGCAUACAUUGCUGUCGAAGAGGUCCAUGAUGAUGGUUCACCCACAUGCAAAACCUUCGAACAUGUACCCAGUGAAAUUGGUGCUGAGGAGGCGGAAGAGGUGGGUGUGGAGCAUUUACUGCGUGACAUCAAGGAUACCACAGUCGGUAGUUUGUCACAGAAAAUCACCAACCAGCUAAUGGGUCUACGUGGUCUCAAGGCCCAGUUGAGCGACAUCAAAAAUUAUUUGCAACGUGUUGGCGAUGGCAAAAUGCCCAUCAAUUAUCAGAUUGUAUAUCAACUGCAAGAUAUAUUCAAUCUUCUGCCCGACAUUACAAACGACCAAUUCACCGAGACCAUGUACGUCAAGACCAACGAUCAAAUGUUAGUCGUCUACUUAGCCUCCAUGGUCCGCUCAAUUAUUGCCCUGCACAAUCUGAUCAACAACAAACUGGCGAAUCGUGAUGCUGAAGAGGGCAAGGAUAAAAAAUCAGAAGAUAAGAGCAAAGAGAGCAAGGAUAAGGAAAACAAAGAGACCAAGGAUAAGAAGGGUGCCUCCGAAGAGAAAACCGACAAGAGCAAGGACGACACAAAUACGAAGAGCAGUAAGAAAUAGGAGCGAAGAAAAAAGAAAAAGAAGCCUCGACGUAAAAAGAAACGUGACUAAAUUGUUUAGAAAAGAACAGAAAACGAGAAAAA